UGCGUGUUCUAGCUUUCUGUGUGCUUAGGUGCCCGAGCUACUGAGGGUCUAAGUCCGGGCAGCCGAAGAGUGUGGUAGGUAACGGUCGUCAGCGCAAGGGUCAUUUCGUCGCUGGGAAGGGACGGCCCUCGCCCGCGGUGAUGGUGGUUAGCAAGAUGAACAAAGAUGCGCAGAUGAGAGCAGCAAUUAACCAAAAGUUAAUAGAAACUGGAGAAAGAGAACGCCUCAAAGAGUUGCUGAGAGCUAAAUUAAUUGAAUGUGGCUGGAAGGAUCAGUUGAAGGCACACUGUAAAGAGGUAAUUAAAGAAAAAGGACUAGAACACGUUACUGUUGAUGACUUGGUGGCUGAAAUCACUCCAAAAGGCAGAGCCCUGGUACCUGACAGUGUAAAGAAGGAGCUCCUACAAAGAAUAAGAACAUUCCUUGCUCAGCAUGCCAGCCUUUAAGAAUUUACCAUCUAGUGGAAGAGAGAACAUUUGCAAGCUGGCUCCACACCAAGCUCCUCCCACAUACUCUACUCAUCUGAACUUUGAAAGCAGACUCUAUAAAUUGCAUCCCCACAUACUAAGGUCAAGAAAGAACUUAAUGGGUGAAUAAUUUCCACCCAUUAGCUUUACUCUGACAUCAGGAUUGCCAAAUCCAAUGGACUCUUGUCUAUUCUUAUGUGACCUCUGCUGGAAAGUGAGAAUGUUGACCAUCCUGCCACUUGGAACCCUCGUCCCACUCCUCACAUUGUUUCUUCCUACCACUGGAAAUUCCUUCUGUUUCUUGUGGAGUACCUUUUGCUGAUUGUGACUUUUAAGUAAUGUUUCUUAGAGCUCUUUCCUGAGCCCUCUGCCUGACUAACUGGAUAUACUUUUCCUGAGCAAAUCCCAGGAAACGGGUCAAACCGUGACUUCAAAUACCAACAGGUUGAUAAAUGCUAAACUGCAUCUCCAAACCAGACUUAUUUCUAGCCUCCAGACCCAUAUAUUUAACUGCUAUGGAUCAUCUUCAUUGGAUAUUCCUCAAACACCUCAAAAUCACCAUACCUAAAAUAGCAAUUUUAUUUUCCCCCACUAACUACCCCUGCUGUGUUCCCUAUUUCUGAAUGGUACUUCCCAGCCAUACAGAUUACCUGAGGAGCUUGUUAAAAUGCUGAUUCUGAAGGUAAGAGAUAUACAGUACAAGAUUAUACUUUAUUUCUAACAAGCUCUGAGUGGGGUUGCAUGCUGCUAAUUGAGGAUCACUUUGAGUACAGUGAGGCUAUAAAUUUAUCUUCUGCCUUCUUUAUAAACAUAGAUUAUUGCAGUAGACCCCUAAUAUUUUCUUGUUCUAGUUGUUCUAUGCCUCCCCCAAUAUCUCUUUCACACUAUUGGCUAAGUGGCCUUACUAAAAUUCACAUCUGAUCAUUUUAUUCCUCUACUUGAAAUGUCUCAGUGCAGGACAAAAUUUGAACUUGGCAUAAAACUUAUGCCCCUCUAGAUCUAUCAUCUACUUAAGAGUUCCCCAAAGUUAACAAGUUGUUCCAUCCCUAAUACUUUUGCAAAUGUAUCACCCUAGGAAGUCCUUCCCUCCUACUUAUCUCAUUCCUACUUACCCUUCAGAGUUCAGCUUGAGUUGCUAAAAUAUCCUGACUCCUCUGGUGUAGAUUUCCCCACCACUGUUUUUCCGUAAGAAGCAACUGUAUGUUUCUCUUCAACACAGUGGUUCUUCAACUUGCAUACAUCCAGAGGAGAGGAAACUUGAUUUCUUUGACUUUGUAUGAUGUUUAUUUGUGAAUGAGUGGGUAAGGGAAUGAAUGAGCAAAUGAACCAGUGAAUGAACAUGGGAGCAUGAAGAAAGAUAACAACAAAUAGGGUAUAAUUGAGGAAAAGCUUCACAUUAAUCUUUUGCAGAAAUAAUUUCAUCUUUCUAAUGAAUUUUGUAGUCUUUGAUCCUGGGCUUAAUCGCAUAAAGUUUUGAGCCUGAGAAGACACAGUCACAAAAACUUACCCAAAAGAGUUUUUUGUUUCUCUUGAUCUCUUAUAAAACAAUGUUUUAAAGUGCUGAUAGGGAUGCUUGUCAUUUUGCUACUCAUUUUUCAAAAAAGAAAAGCAAUCUUAAAAGUUACACAGAAAAUGUUAGAAAAGUAGUUCUUAUUUCUUAGAAUUCUUCAUGGAAGCAAACCAAAAAUUAAAAAUUGUUCAUUUAGAUACUAUUUUAAUAGUCUAAAAGAAUAUGAGAAAAUGAAAACAAUUUAUGAAGAUAGUUUGAAUGGGACAGGAAAUAAACUGAAUUGAAAAUAUUUCGUAGCCAUUUUUAGUACUAAAGAGCUUAGAUUUAAAGUGAUAAUGCUAAGAACUUUCCCACCUCUAACCCGGAAAGAAACGAGGUUUCAUUGACAUCAUAUAGAUGUCUCAUUUGCUUCUAGAACCAUUGAUACCUUGUAAAUAAACCAACUUUGUGAACAUCUUGACUGAAAUCAUUGAUUUAUAUAAACUUAAGAAUACAUUCUUUAAAAAUCUUGCAUACUUUCACUUAAUGUUGGAAAUUUAAUAGGAUUAUUAUUGCAUGACUGCAUUGGUAAGUAUAAUUAGGAUUACUAUAAGCUUCUCUUAUAGAAUUAAAGAAGAUCCAGCUAAAUUAUUUAUGUGAUCUCUUAGCUUUGGCCUUACAAGUUAUCAUUUGAGCAGUGCCAAUCCAGGGACUGGGUGAUGCUGGGGAUUGGUUAUUAGAUAUGGGACUUUCAUAACUUGAUAAAAAGCUCCACAUUCAACACAAAAGAACUGUGACAGCUGCUCAGUAGCUGAUGCUGAAAAUGAUCCAGGAGAGAGUAUGUGUGUGUGUGUGUGUUUGUAUUUAACCCUUGUAAAAGGCUAUCUCAUGUUACUCAGUGACUUCAUAAAACCCCUCAUAUUUACCAUUAGAAACCACACAAAAGCCAUUGGAUGAAACCUACCAAGAAAACUAAUGGUACGUUCAGAACAUUCAGGUUCUAAUCUCGUCUAUGAUACUGAAUUAUCAGGUAAGACUGACUCUUCUUGAAUUUCCUUAUCUGGAUAAUAGAUCUGAUAAUAUUGACCUGGCAGGAAUUAAAAUAAUAAAAUCUUAAUACUAAUAAUCAGAAGAAAACAGAUUCAUGUUAUUCCUAGCAAGAACUCUAGAAAUAUUUAAAUUAUUUACUAUGUGUUUUCUAGUUUUAUAUACAUGAAUUACACUGUGUCAAAUAGCUGCUUUUAUUUUUCAGUCAUUUCUAGCUAAUAUUAAUUACCAUGAGAAUAGAAAAAUAAAGUUGUACAACUUGGUUGAAAUAGAGAAAUAUCGCUAUAAUAGCAAUUAGGGAAGGUUGACCUUAUCUUUAAUAAUGUUUACCCUCAUUCUACUAUGAACUACUUUGUGCCUCAGGUUGUAUCCUAUUUGUCUUUGGAUCCUCAUUACCUAACAGUGAAUUUUUAAUGAGUGACAAUAGAGAAAAAAAUGUGGCAUAUACCUAUUUUACCAGACUUCAAACUCUAUUUGGUUUUUGUGCUUACCGGCCAAAAGGGGGCACUAGAAGCUGUAUUUUAGUCCUGCUGGUGGCUGUUAAACUACUGGGUAUCAUUUGAACAGGCCCAAUUCCAAUAAGGCCAGCCAGUGUUUGCAAGAUGAAAGUGUUACUGAAUUAAAUCAAUGUGAGGAACUCAGAAUGUGUUCUGGUAUAAAAUAAGAUGAAGCUAUAGUGAACAUAGAUGUUGUUUGACUGGGAUUGUUUUCUGCAACCAAUUCAGUAAGAAAGAAGCUGAUUUACAUAGCAUAUACCACUACUGAUAACGGUUCUCUUUCACCAACUUUAUCAAGGAGGAGAGGGUAGGGGAGAGGAGGAAAUCCUUAACAAAUGAAAGAAAAAUAAUUUUCACUGUAUUUAAAGGUAAUAUCUUUCUUUUUCAUCCURUGUCACUUUGUAAAAAGAAAAAGUAUAAAUAGAGCAUUGUAUAAUAGUGCGCAAACCCUGUGAACAUUCAAUGAAUAUUGGCAUAUGAUGACAAUAAUAAAGAAAAUCAAAGAACAAAGACAGAAUUGAUUGAUACUCAUGAAAUGAUGCUACUCAUCAGUCAGUUUUGGGUACAGGGGUUAUUAGGACCUUGGACAUCCGUAAAUGCUCCAGUUUUGUGCCUGGAAUUAUCAGAAUAAAGUGAUAAAAAAUGGCUUUCAGUUGCCCUAUAAAUUCUUCCCUAAAAUUUUUUGUUGAGGGCAUAGUCUUCAGAAUGAAUCCUUUUUAGACAGCUACUUAUAUCAAAUUUAGACUUCAAUGGGGUAAGAGCCACAAAAUAGAAAGGUGGAAAAAGAAUUGAUUGCUAAACCCUUACCUGUUGGAUGCUGCAAGUGAUUCAGAUAACAGUAUGCAUUGUGUGGUUUGAAACACGGUUUGGCUGAGAUACUGACAGUGUGACGGUUCUCUAUUUCUUAGUUCUAUCAUCAAUGUAUUUAAAUGACCAGAUUAGUCACUUAAGGGUUCCACCUGACAGUUGCCUUUCAACACUAUCUCCUAUUUGAUAGGGACACUGACAGAAUAAUAAAUUAUGAAAAUUGUGGGUGCUUCUCUUAAGAGACAUGAUACAAAGUCAAAGUUAUGGUUAGGACUUAGCAAAUGUAUACAUAUUUGCUAUAACAGCAUGUACUCAAAACAGUUUUGUGUAUAGGGUCUAUCCUCCAUGUUUUACCCCAAUCCAUAAAAACUGGGAUUGCAGACAGGCAUAUUUUGUGAAAAAGAGCUCACACGUUCAUUGACUAGUUGUAUUUCCUAUGGUCCUGAUUUAAUUUUCUUACUUCUCAGUGGCUUUAUAGAGACUACCAAUGAAAUAACUGCCCCAUUUAUCAUUGUCAUCACUUCUCUGAUGUUUUUUCCCAUCCUGCCAGCUAAGAUGUGAUUGUCAUUAGAACUCCCUUACAAUUACCCUCAAUUUCUCUCCUUUUUUUUCCAAUCACAUGUAGUCCUGCUUAAAUAUAACUACCCAGAAAGUUUAUUCCAUUUAGAAAACUGAACUUGAAGAAAAUAUCACAGUUCUGCUAAGUCUCAAUUUAAAAAUGACAACCAGACAUUCUGAAAAACUAUUGAUAUGGCAUUGACAUGGCAACAAUUGGCAUUGACAUCUGACAAAAAAAGUCAAUGUCAUGAAGGAAACAAAAAGGAAUAAAAGGAGAAAGUAACAGCAAGAAAUGGUCUUGAUUAAAAGAUCAGAGAUAUUAGGAUGUAAAGCAGUGUAUCAUCCCUGAUAAAUAAAUAACCAUUAAGGACAUUCUUAGGACAUUGGAAAAUUAUAAACAUAGACUGUUAAAUUUCUUGAGUAUUACAAAUGGGUUCUUAAAGAAUGAGCAUGUUCCAUGUUGAAGUAUGUAAGGAUCAAGUAUCACAUUAUAACUAACUCAAAUGGAUUAACAAUAAAAAAUGUGUAUAAUAAACUAAAUAUGGAGUGAGAGAAAACCAAACAGCAAAUGGGUAUCUAAUAACUUUGAA